AUGAAGAAGCAAGUUUAUUCAAGUAUCAUUUUAUUUUACUUUCUCUUCCUUUUCAUCAGUUGUUUUAUUGCUAAGGCUCAGACCUGCAAGCCUAGUGGCAAGAUCAGGGGAAGAAGUCCUCCUUCAGGGGUAUGCAGCUCAGAGAAUGACUCCGACUGCUGCAUAACUGGUAAAUAUUAUACCACUUACAGAUGUUCGCCCCCUGUAACUAAUCAAACGAAAGCAACACUGAAACUUAACAUCUUUGAGAAUAAUGGAGAUGGAGGUGGCCCAUCUGAAUGUGAUAAUCUGUUCCAUUCAGAUAAUGAACAUAUAGUAAUGCUAUCAACAGGAUGGUUUGCAAACAAAAAAAGGUGCUUGAACUAUAUUACCAUCUAUGGUAAUGGGAAGAGUGUCAAAGCCAAGGUGGUGGACGAGUGUGACUCUACUGUUGGGUGUGAUGCAGAUCAUGACUACCAGCCUCCUUGCCAUAACAAUAUAGUUGCUGCCUCAAAAGUAGUUUGGAAAGCCUUAGGAGUGUCCAAGAAUAACUGGGAUAUAUUGGAUAUCUACUGGUCUGAUGAAUCUCAAACGUGCGGGCCUAGCGGCAAGAUAAGAGGUAGGAAGCCUCCUCCGGGACAAUGCAAUCAAGAGCAUGACUCUGAUUGCUGCGUAGAAGGUAAGAUGUACACUACAUACAAGUGUUCGCCUCCAGUGACUGGCCAUACAAAAGCAACGCUGACAAUAAACAGUUUUGCUCCCGGUGGUGAUGGCGGAGGGCCAUCAGAAUGCGAUAACAAGUAUCAUUCAGAUGACGAGCUGGUGGUAGCACUCUCUACAGGAUGGUUUGACAGAAAGAGUAGGUGCUUGAACUAUAUUAUGAUCCAUGGAAAUGGGAAGAGCGUCAAGGCUAAAGUAGUUGGUGAAUGCGACUCUACCAUGGGAUGUGAUUCCGAUCAUGAUUAUCAGCCUCCUUGUCACAACAUUGUGGACGCCUCAAAAGCAGUUUGGAAUACCUUGGGAGUAUCUGACCCUGACGAUGUUGGAGCAAUGGAGAUAGUUUGGUCUGAUGCUUGAAUUUUCUCAAAUUUAUAUAUAUGCAUGCAUGUGUAAAAUACUGCUUGUUUUUAUCAGGUUGAUACGUAUACGGUGUAAAAUAUUAAGAUUUACUUUUCUGUGUUA